GGUUGCCGUUGAUUUGUGUUUUGACUUUUGAAAAGACUACUGUUACUAGGUUAUUCCCCAUAGUGUGUGCAGUCGCAGCGAGGAAGAUUGGCCAUUUCUUUGCGUGGCUCAGUCAUUAGUUAGUGGAUCUCAGGAAGAAAGGGGAGUGUUCUGUACAGGGUGAAAUUACAUCAACUACUGAAAAAAAAAAUCCACCUCUCUGAAUACGCCCGCCAUCUUCCAUCUCCUUGAUGUCCCCAAACAUCCGAAGUGGCGUUCGCGCUUUCUGAUUGAAGAUCAUUUCGUUCCUUUCGUUCCACACCGCUCAGGUUACCAGCGUCAAGUUACAUUUGUUUUGGACCUCUAAUUGUUUCUUGAAUUCUCUUCUCCUAGUCAGAUAUCGCUGCCGCCAUUAAUUUGUUCCCCCCUUUGGGAAAAAAAAAUAUUUUGAGCUUGUGCCAAGUUAGUCAUGGGUGCCAAGAGGAGCUCAAUGAUCCCCGCACUCUUGCUCCUCGCUUCCUUGUCCAUCUUCAAGCUACCUUGCUUCUCCAGAUCACUCUCUUUCAGCUACGAUUUCUCCAAGCCCACCACUUUCAAUCGUUCCGACAUCGCAAUAGAUGGAUCCGCGAGUCUCAAUGGUCUCAUCGAGCUCACGCAGAACGCUGACCCGAAACGUGAAGGCAUAUACGACACGGUGGGCCGAGGGUCCUACGGCCAUCCGGUGCCGCUCUGGGACGAGGCCACCGGCGAGGUGACGAGUUUUACGACGCGCUUCUCGUUCGUCAUCAAGUUUAACUAGUCAGACAAGGCCAAGUACGCACCCAGCGACGGGCUUGCCUUCUUCCUGUCACCCUAUCCGUCAAAGAUGUCUCCACUCGACGGCGGUGGAUUGCUCGGCGUCUUCACCAACAGCACUGGCAUGAAUCCGUCCGCCGCCGCCCCGAUCGUCGCGGUGGAGUUCGACACGUUCCAAAAUGAGUGGGACCAGAGCAGCGACCACAUCGGCAUCGACGUCAACUCCAUCAACUCGACCGCGGUGAAGUUGCUGUCUGACCGCAGCCUCUCCAACGUCACCGAGCCGAUGGUUGCGUCGGUGAGCUACAACAACAGCACAAGGAUGCUGGCCGUCAUGCUGCAGAUGGCCCCCCAAGAUGGCGGCAAGAGGUACGAGCUCAACAGCACGGUUGACCUCAAGAGCUUGCUCCCCGCGCAGGUGGCCAUCGGAUUCUCGGCGGCGAGCGGGUGGUCCGAGGAGCGGCACCAAGUACUCACCUGGUCUUUCAAUUCGACAUUGGUGGCGUCUGAAGAACGGAGAGAAAACGCAACGCGAGGUAGGCCGGCCGCUGCGGUGCUUGCAGGUGUCGUUGUAGCAUCCGUCGUCGUCGUCGGGGCCUCGAUCUGUUUGUUUGUAAUGAUCAGGCGGCGUAGGAUAUCUCGCCGGCGGACGAGAGAAGAGUACGAGAUGGGCGGCUCCGACGACUUCGACAUGAACGAUGAGUUCGAGCAAGGCACCGGUCCGAGGCGAUUUCUGUACAGCCAACUGGCCACCGCGACGAACGACUUCUCCGAGGACGGGAAGCUCGGGGAGGGUGGCUUCGGGUCGGUGUACAGGGGCGUCUUGAGCGAACCGGCCGGCGUCCACGUCGCCGUCAAGAGGAUCUCCAAGACCUCCAAGCAGGGGAGGAAGGAGUACGCCUCCGAGGUGAGCAUCAUCAGCCGCCUCCGGCACCGGAACCUGGUGCAGCUCGUCGGCUGGUGCCACGGCCGCGGCGACUUCCUCCUCGUCUACGAGCUGGUGCCCAACGGUAGCCUCGACGCGCACCUCUACGGCGGCGGCGCGACGCUGCCGUGGCCGACCAGGUACGAGAUCGCGCUCGGGCUCGGCUCGGCGCUGCUCUACCUGCACUCCGGCUACGAGAAGUGCGUGGUGCACAGGGACAUCAAGCCCAGCAACAUCAUGCUCGACUCCGCCUUCGCCGCCAAGCUCGGCGACUUCGGGCUGGCGAAGCUCGUCGACCACGGCGACGCCUCGCAGACGACGGCGGUCCUGGCGGGGACGAUGGGGUACAUGGACCCGGAGUACGCGGCCUCCGGCAAGGCGAGCACCGCGUCCGACGUCUACAGCUUCGGCAUCGUGCUGCUGGAGAUGUGCUGCGGGAGGAGGCCCGUGCUGCUCCAAGAACAAUCCAUCAGGUCCCGCCUCCUCGAGUGGGUCUGGGACCUCCACGGCCGCGGCGCCAUCCUCGAGGCGGCCGACGAGCGGCUGCGCGGCGGCGAGCUCGAGCUCGACGCGAAGCAGGUGGAGUGCGUGAUGGUCGUGGGGCUCUGGUGCGCGCACCCGGACCGCGGCGUGCGGCCGUCCAUCAAGCAGGCGCUCGCCGCGCUCCAGUUCGAGGCUCCGCUGCCGGCUCUUCCUCCGACGAUGCCCGUGCCGACGUACUCCUCCUUGCCGAGCCUUGCAUUGUACUGCGACGCGGCGGCAGCUAGCUCGUCGUCAUCCAGUGCAGGGUUUUCUUCUUCCACGAGUGGCGAGCGUUCGUCGACGAGCUCCUCUGCAGCAACCGCCGAGUCGUCGUGGCUACUUAAGCACAACAACAGGGGCAGUGAAAAAAUAGUAUUAGGCAACAAUUGAUUAGAUCAUAUCUUUAGUUUGAUGCCACCUUGAUGUUGCUUAGCUCUUCGUUGUUUAUGUGUAUUGUUCUUCCUUGGGCCGCCGUGUCAUUUGUGAUAUGUACCUCAAUUCAUAUCUCCUUUUCUAUAUAUGCGUUUUCAACUUUCCUAGUA